AUGGAUCCCGAUAUCGACUUCGCCGAGAUGUCCGCGCAGUUCGAUACCUAUCUACUGGGUCGGCGAACAUUUGAGGUCACGAGCGGUGCAGGACAGGCAUCGGUGUCCGACGCACAAACGUUCGUGAUCUCGCGAACCUUACGACAGAGCGACUACGAGGAUGUCACAAUCGUCGGUGAGGAUUGGAAACAGGUGCUGCAGUCGCUCCGCGAGGAAGAGGGAAAGGACAUCUGGCUAUUCGGUGGCGGGUCCCUGUUUCGCAGUCUCGCCGAAGAGGGGUUCGUUGACACGGUAGAGGUCGCUAUCAUACCAAUUGUGCUCGGUGGCGGUAUUCCACUCAUUGAGGAACCGUCCAAACGCAUCGAGUUGACGUUGAAGGAGCACAAGGUGUACGAGAAGACCGGGACCGUCGGGUUGGUGUACACCGUGAAUAGGACAAGUCAACCGUGA